AUGAUGUCUUUCAUGGGCCAGCAGCCUCAGAGCGAGGCCGUCGGAUACUCCUUCUCUCAACCGACCAAUGCCCCACACAAGGAACACUCUUUCUAUCCCUACACGGACAACGGCGGUUCCACGCUCGGCAUCACCGGUGCCGAUUUCGCUAUCCUUGCUGGUGACACUCGCUCUGUUGCAGGAUAUAACAUCAAUACUCGAUACGACCCGAAGGUUUUCAAGAUCGGUGGUGAUGAUGAGACUGGUGAGGGAGCCCAAAUUCUCUUGUCGGUUGUCGGAUUCGCGGCGGAUGGUCACGCACUCAAGGAACGACUAGACGCCGUGGUCAAGAUGUACAAGUACCAGCAUGGCAAGCCCAUGUCUGUCACUGCAUGCGCCCAGCGGUUGUCGACCAUCCUUUACCAGAAGCGGUUCUUCCCAUACUACGUGCACGCCAUCCUGGCUGGUCUGGACGAGGACGGCAAGGGUGCUCUGUACAGCUACGAUCCCGUGGGCUCAUACGAGAGAGAACAAUGCAGGGCGGCCGGCUCUGCGGCAAGCUUGAUCAUGCCGUUCUUGGACAACCAGGUCAAUUUCAAGAAUCAAUACAUCCCCGGCAGUGGCGAAGGCCAUGCUCUCGAGCCCAAGAAGCCUGAGCCCUUGCCGCGGGCGACGGUUGAGCGGCUGGUGCGGGAUGCGUUCACGAGCGCUGUGGAAAGACACAUUGAGGUCGGAGACGGCCUUCAGAUGAUGGUGAUUACGCGGGAUGGGAUAGAAGAGAUCUACACCCCUCUGAAGAAGGACUAA